GCCCAUGGCCCUUGGUGGCGGCGGCGAUGACCGACUACAGCGAGGAGCAGCGCAACGAACUGGAGGCCCUGGAGUCCAUCUACCCGGACUCGUUCACAGUAUUGUCAGAAAAGCCAACGACUUUCACAAUCACUGUGACAUCUGAAGCAGGAGAAAAUGAUGAAACUGUCCAAACAACCCUUAAAUUUACCUAUAGAGAAAAAUAUCCUGAUGAAACUCCACUUUAUGAAAUUGUCUCACAGGAGAAUCUUGACGAUAAUGAUGUCACGGACAUAUUAAAACUACUAGAACAACAGGCAGAAGAAAAUUUAGGAAUGGUAAUGAUCUUCACUUUAGUCUCAGCAGUACAGGAAAAAUUAAAUGAAAUAGUGGAUCAAAUAAAAACACGAAGAGAAGAGGAGAAGAAACAAAAAGAAAGAGAAGCAGAAGAAGAAGAGAAACAACGUUUUCAUGGCACUCCUGUUACCAUUGAGAAUUUCCUAAACUGGAAAGCAAAGUUUGAUGCAGAACUCCUAGAAAUAAAAAGGAAAAAAAUGAAAGAAGAAGAACAAGCGGGCAAAAAUAAAUUAAGCGGGAAACAGCUGUUUGAAAUGGAUCACAACCUUGACACCUCUGACAUCCAGUUCUUGGAGGAAGCUGGAAACAGCGUGGAGGUUGACGAAUCUUUAUUCCAAGAAAUGGAUGAUUUAGAGUUGGAGGAUGAAGAGGAUGACCCUGACUACAACCCCGUUAAUUUAGAUAGCGAUUAGACUUUUUUGAACUGGCUCUGUCAUGGGUAUGGACAUAUGUAAGGAGAGAGGGGCAGGCAGGAAAGCCACAGCAUCUGUGGUUUUAGUGAUGUGUAUCUGUUUUUUUUUUUUCUUUUUUUCCAAAGGGAAAAUUCAAAAUAUUUUAAAUUCAGGAGAAUGGUCUUCUGAUGAAUUUCAUCAUAAAUAAAUUUGCUUUGUUAUUUCAAAUGAAAAAAUAUGAGGAAUAUUGAUCUGUCUGAAAGUGUCAUUUUAUUUUCUCUCAUUUUUUCCUUCCCAUUUCUGUAACAGUCCUUUGAAGAGAUGUGGCAACGAGCAAGAUGGAAAGAUGUUAUAGCAAGCGCUAAACACCUGCAUCUGAAGACUAAGCAGCUGUUCUGCUAUCUUCCACCUAGGAUAUACAUGGGCAGCUUUGGUGAAUAAAAGGGAUGACAUACUAUGCAGUUUUGGGCUUUUUUUGGUUUAGUUUGGUUUUUUCUUUUCUUCUGUGGAAUUUUGUAACACUUGAAGUCAAUUCUGGUGCCCCAGCGUGUCAGCUGUAGAUAAGCAGCACUAGCCAACUUUAAUAAGGUAUAGCAUUAUUAAAGUUUAACGGAAACCAUUUCCAUACUACUGGAGUAAAAUCUUUUGCCAUAGUUGAGGAUAAUAGUUUCAAAAUGGCUGGUUCAAGUCUGUAGGAAAAAAUCAGGAUGAGAUAAAGUCCUCUUAAAAAGUUUGGUUGAUUUGUUCGGAGAGGGUGUUGGGUUUUUUUAUUUUUCACUUGUGCCUCAAUGAAAGUCCAUGGGGAAGAAAAAAGCCACACUAUCAGUGGAGUGCAGAAUACAGUACCAGGAUUUAUGGAGUGCUUAUAGGUUUGAAUGUAAUGGGUAUUGUCUUAGAAGCAUCUUGUUGGCAGCCCGUAAGGGUUAGCACGAUGCACAGUGAAGCCACACAUCAACUCGUGGAUGUUAACCAUCCUGCGGAGUUGCUUAUGGAGCUAACGGCUUGACGUUAGACUCCUCCCUUCCCACCUCCACAAAAACCCAAAACAUUGUGAGAAUGGUGGUGUUUAAACAUGUUGUGUUUGAAGCUGCGUCAGCUAGGAGGAUGAUGGUACGGACGAAGGUUUCAAAAGACAGCCCUCCAAAUAGAGAACCACGGGGCACCUCCAUGAUUAAACACUGUGCUGAAUUCUGACAUACUGUUAGUAGACUGCCUUAACUGCCCAGCUUCAACUCUGAAGAGGAUUGCACUAAAGUGCUUAGAGGAAUAAUAAAUUUAUGAACUUUAGAUUUUGGAAAUUCUAUAUUCAAAAUGAGAAAUUUAAUUCCAGAAAUAAUUUAAUGGUGUAUAAGAUUCUCUGCUGAUGUCGCCUGAGAACAUCUGUUUAGGAUGAUCUCCUUUAACAUGUUUCCGUAGUCUUUUCUUUUUGUAUUCAAGAUGAAUGAGUUUCUAGUGGAUAGAAAUAAGUGUUCAAUUACCCUGUACAUACUUUUAUAAAUUAACCAUGUGCCUUUGUUCCUACUGUCCUCUGUUUGAUCUUUUUAAUUUUGGUUACUAAGAACUCGAAACAAGCAUCUGGGUUUCAAUGAUCGUGUUGAAUGUUUCAAAGCAAUAAGCAGGAUCUGUGUUCCAGCAGAGAUACCAAAUAUGUAAAAAAAUUGUGAGCUAAUACGAUACUAAAUCUGACUUUUCCAAAGAUACGGUUGGAUUGAAAGCUUCGUAGUGGCUACGUCCAGCUUCCUGUGUAAUUGCUAGUAUGCUUUAAAUGUUGUUCAGCACUGAAUUUAAUUUACUUCUGGUAUGUCUCAAUUCAGCUGCAUAAAAAUGUUUAACUCUCACAGCUGCUUUCCAUUUUCAGCUAUGUAUAUUUAAAAAUAGCAUUUUUUUCAUAAAAGGAGUGAAUUAGUUCUCUUUACAUUUGGACUGAAUCCAAGAAUGCUGUGUGGACUGUGCAAAAUGUGGUCAUCAGAGAAAAUUUUCCAAGUGGGUCACUGACAAGAGUGAUCUGCUUACGAAAAAAGCUUCUUGUUAAUGUUAUUUCUAGGUUAAUGAGAUCUAUCUAGUCUGUUUUCACACUAACAUAUUUAUUGGUUUUCAUGCAGAGGAUGUAUAGCUUAAAAAUGCUAAAAUGAUGUCAAACAAGUUAAAAUGUGGAAAUGUGUUUUCACUGUUACAUCUUAUGUUUCAAAGCAGAGGAAAUAAGGGUUGAAGUGACGGAAGACUGCGUGAAGUCUGUUGAAGUCUUUGGAACAAGUUUCAGUGACUCAAUCUGAACGUCAGAUUUGUUUGGCUUUAUUAGCAAUUAACAGCUGUGAAAUAAAAGGGAAUUUGAGAGUAA